AUGAUGCUGGAGUUCUGCGGUGGUGGAGCUGUCGACGCGAUCAUGAUUGAAUUAGAGAAACCAUUGACUGAGAAGCAGAUCGCUUAUAUUGCGAGGUAUACUUGUGAAGCACUCGCUUAUCUGCAUGACAACAACGUUAUUCAUCGUGAUUUGAAGGCUGGAAAUAUACUUCUUACCAGUGAUGGGAUUGUUAAAUUGGCUGAUUUCGGAGUAUCUGCCAAACUGAAAGAUCGAAAUGAUAGAAGGGAUACGUUUAUUGGGACGCCAUAUUGGUAA